CGUCCGCACGGGUGCUCGGCUUCUCGCUCCGACCCUUUCCCUUUUCGUCUCCCUGUUGUGGAGGCGGGGUAGGGUUUGGGAAUUGGCCGCCGCUGCCGCCUUUUGAGGGCGGCUUCGUUGGUGUAGCCCACCGGUGGUGCGCCGGCCGUUCGUGAAGACCGGCGCCGCCCUCCUACAGCUCACCGGCGGCGAGCCCACCAGCGGUGUGCAGGCCAUCCGUCAAGACCGUCGCCGCCCUCCUCCAGUUGCGCUCCAUAUGAUACGCGGAUCUUCCCCUGGAUUUUGGCUCUGUUCUCCCAAGCCUUAUGGUAAUCUCCAGAUCUGUGUGAUUCUAUGAACUCUGAAUCGGUGAGGGGGUGUACUUCUCCCAGCAACGGGAGCAUGAGCAGUAGCCCCUCCAUGAUGGCCACCGCUGACUCCUCUGGACUCCGAUAACCUCUUCUGGUGGGUUCGUCCCAUUCCUCUCCUAUACGCUAGCAAGCAGCGAGCGGCCCUUCCUCGGUCCUCAUCGCUUGCCCUUGUGGGGCAGUCAUCGUUCGCAGCUUGCUGGACAUGGAGACUGCCGCCGGUGAAAAGAUAUGUUCCACCGACUUCGUUUCCACCCCACUCCUUGCAACAUUACUUGUGUGUUCUUCUUGCUCCAGGUUCAGUUGGUGCUACAUGACCCAAUCAACAAUCUCCCAUAUGAUUCAUGGCCGCUUCCACAAGACCACAAUGGGGCUUUCUUCAAUGUUGCCUUGGUUUGGCUUUCUGAGAUUUAAAUAAACUUGCAUUCUUCUUACUCAAAAUGUUCAGAGUAGUAGUCUGAUGCACUUUACUGUUGACGAUGAGCCAAACUGAUUCGUAGCUUCAUAAUCUUUGUCUCCAUGUCCACAUAUUGUUCGAUGAAAUGCCAACAAACAAUGGUUAACAUUGCCUUUUGUAGCCAAUUUCGUAAAUUAGACAUAAAUCUUAAUACUUUAGAUGUGUUGAAUUAAUGGACAGAGUAGUAACCUUGACGGCAGGUACUAAACCCUUCUCCUAUGAACUCAAUCUGUCUCUUUUUUUCAACUGAAGUUUUUAUUAACUUGCACUGUGAUUGGUUCUUCCAUUUGGUGACACAGGGUGUCUCCGUUGGAGGAGUUAGCUGAUUUAGGAUGGGAUUGCUUGCAAAAUUCCGUCAGCAGCUUGGUUAGUAACUGAUAACCUGUGAAGGUUCACUAUAUGAUGCACUGCAAUGCCUUCAACCUGUAGUUAUGACAAGUAUUUUGUAUGUUUCCCAGUGUUUUCUCUGUUCUUUGUGUAAUGGCUUAUGGCAAAAACCGCUGUGAUGAGUGUGCAUUAAGUGGCCUAUGUUCAUAGAUCAUUAGUUGAAGACCAACGACGAACAAUAGGAGUCAGGAAGAAGUAUGAAGACUGCAGAGGGGUAUUUGUUCAUCAGAUUGUAGUGAAUGGCUAUGCAACUGUCUUGACAAACUAGAUGCUUUUUCUAUAGUUUUACUCUACAUGAUAGACAAUUAGCAUUCAAACUUGCAUUGUUGUUCCUUAUUUCCAUGUGAUGAUUUGCCUACAUUGAAGCAUUCUCAUGGAUGAGGGGCCAUGAAUAUUCCUUAGUUGCUUUUAUUCGGUAUCGAGCUGCAUUACAUAGAAAGACAAAAACAUUUAAGGCUUUACACUACUGUUACUUUAUCUUGCAAAUUUCUUACCUCCAACUUCCUUUAGUAUUUUCAGUAUUGUAGAGCCUUAUCCACCACAGCGAUUUGUAAGAUAAAAGAGGCUUCCUUAAGCAUUACCCACAAUAAUUAUGAAUGGUCAGUUCAUCUUUAUGAUGUUUCUCACCAAUGAUGUAUUGGCUCAUCUUUUUCAUUUCAAGAGCAAUAAUAAAUAAUAGUGCUAAAAAUGUAUUCAACUAUCUGCGAGCCCAUGGAAUCAGUAUGUAAGUUUUUAUAGAGGUGAUUAAGUGGUCUGCACUGUAAUAUUUUUAUUUGCUCUUUCAUACAGUAACCAUGAUAUGUCAUUUGGUUCUGUUCAUUACAUCGCAUCUUUAGGCAGGUGACUACUUUAAUCAAUCCUUUCGCAUGCCUUAUGCAUACAAUAAGCUAACAGCUUCCCGUUUGCUGCUUAUCAUGUUUGUUGCUCUCCGUCGUGCACAGUACGGGCGCGGCGAAGCGCGUCAGACAAGGAGCCCAAUCACCCCGGAGAGGGGAAACCCGACGCGAGGCAUGCAUUUGGCAUUCCUCCUUUCACCUCAUACGCAACAAUCAGCCCACCCUUCAAUGUAUUUCUCUUUCUGCUCUAUACGCAUAUGUAAUCAUCAACGCAUCAACUAUUUUACUCCAUAUUUUCAAGUGGGCGCGGCGUAGUGCGCAAUUUAGAUUACAUCGGUCAAGACAAGAGGGAAAAAACUAGAGCACGCCGACGGCUGAUUGCCGCUGGUGGGGAACUGUGGGGUUGGCCGGUGGUGGCCGGCCGGCGCAGGGUACAUGUCCUCCCAGCUUUUUUUAAGCUCAAGAUGGCAGCGCCGAGGAUCCAGUCACGCGAAUCGCACUGACACCACACCCCCUGCUGAUCUCCCCGCGACGCCGCGCCGACCUCUCGCGGGUCUCGGCGGGCCAGAGGAGGCAGCGGUCAAACAAAGCCAGCGGCAGCAGCAUAGGCAUUAGGCAUAGAGCACAGAGCAGCGGCGGCGGCAACACCCAAGCCAGAAGCCACCUCCGCCCCGCUCAGCUCCAAAAUUCCCCCACCCCACGGCGCGCCCGAGGCGGCCAGCGGUGAUGUCGUCAGCGGCGCCCGCGCCCCCGCCGCCCCAGCCGGAGUCCCCGCCCGCCGGCGCCGGCGGCGACAAGGUCCUGGCCGCGGCGCAGCACAUCGUCAAGUCCCUCGCGACCUCCAAGAACGCCGCCGACGACAUGAUCCGCAUCCUCUCCGGCUUCGACAACCGCCUCUCCUCCAUCACCAACGACCACCUCUUCCCCUCCCCGGACCCCUCCUCCGGCCCCGCCUCCGCCUCCGAGAUCUCCGCCGCCGCCUUCGACGCCGCGGACCAGCUCAUCCAGCUCUGGGACGCCACCCCGGAGGCGCUCGUCUUCGAGGCCCCCGAGGACGACGUCGCGCAGUACCUCGCCGCGGUCGACGUCGCCGUCGAGCACCUCGCGCGCGGGGGCCCCGGCGGCGCGCGCGCGGGCGUCGCCGUGCAGCUCGCCAUGGCGCGGCUCGAGGAGGAGCUGCGCCACCUCAUGGUCCGCCACGCCGUGCCGAUCGACCCCACGGGGCUCUUCUUCUCGCUGCGCCGCCUCUCGCUCGAGUCCAUGGACGACCUCGACGCCUCCUCCGAGUUCGACGCCGCCACGCCGCACAGCCUGGACGGCACCCCCGCCGGCUCGGAGACCGCGCGCGGCGCCGCGCUGGGAUCCAGCCCCUUCGAGGACCAGGUCUUCGACCCCGUGCGCCCCGAGGCCGUCGACGAGCUGCGCGCCAUCGCCGACCGGAUGGCGCGCGCGGGCUACUCCCGCGAGCUUGCCGACGCCUACUGCGGCGUCCGCCGCGACCUGCUCGACGAGUACCUCUCCGUGCUCGGCGUCGAGCGCCUCAGCAUCGACGAGGUGCAGCGCAUCGAGUGGAAGCUGCUCAACGACAAGAUGAAGAAGUGGGUGCACGGCGUCAAGACGGUCGUGCGCGUGCUGCUUGCUGGUGAGCGCCGCCUCUGUGACCAGGUGCUUGCCGCGUCCGAUGACCUUAUGGAGGAGUGCUUCCUUGAGUCCACCAAAGGAUGCAUUAUGCAGAUUCUCAGCUUUGGGGAUGCUGUGACUGUGUGCCCCCGCUCGCCAGAGAAGGUGCCCCGGAUCCUUGACAUGUAUGAGGUGCUUGCAGAGGUGAUUCCUGAAAUGAGGGACUUGUGCAUAGGAAGUUCUGGGGAUGGUGUGAUCAGUGACGUGCAGGCCAUUCUUGAUAGGCUUGGUGAUGCCGUGAGGGGUAACCUGUUUGAGUUUGGGAAGAUGUUGCAGCAGGAGACAUCACGGAGGGCGAUGGCGGCUGGUGAGAUCCACCCGAUGACACGCUAUGUCAUGAACUAUUUGAGGUUGCUGGUUGUUUACAGUGAGACACUUGAUGUCCUCUUGGCUGAUGACAAUAGUGAUCACGAUGCUUUCAGAAAUUCUGAUGAUCAGGAUCAGGAACACUUGGAGAGCAUGACCCCUCUUGGAAGGCGUCUCCUGAAGCUGAUAUCUUAUUUGGAGGCCAAUUUGGAGGAAAAAUCUAAGCUCUAUGAAGACGCUGCCCUUGAGUGCAUAUUUGCCAUGAACAAUUUGCUCUAUAUUGUUCAGAAGGUGAAGGAUUCUGAGCUAGGGAAGAUUUUAGGUGAUCACUGGAUAAAAAGGCGAAGUGGUAAGAUUCGGCAGUAUUCAAAGAGCUAUCUAAGGGUUUCUUGGACAAAACCUUUGUCAUAUUUCAAGGAAGAUGGGUAUGGGAGUGGGAGUGGGAGUGGGAGUGGGUAUGGGAGUGGAAGCGGGAGUGGCAGUGGCAGUGGGCAUUCAAGUUCUAGGAUGUCCAUCAAGGAAAAGUUCAAGAACUUCAACAUGGCCUUUGAGGAAAUUUACAGGAACCAAACACUCUGGAAAGUUCCAGAUCCUCAACUCCGGGAAGAACUGAAAAUAUCAAUAUCUGAAAAUGUAAUUCCAGCAUACCGUGCUUUUCUGGGCAGAUAUGGUAAUCAAGUAGAUGGGGGAAGAAAUCCAGGAAAAUAUAUAAAAUACACACCAGAGGAUUUGGAGAGCCACUUAUCUGAUUUAUUUGAAGGGUCUUCAGUUUCUGUCAACAACUCUAGGAGAAGAACAUAGUUAAUGGUUGACAGGAUAAUAUUUCAGGUAUGAUCUGGUUGGAAGGAUCUACAUUCAUGAACUUCAUUACACAUCAUAUCUGUUGAUCGGAUGCUUGUUCCCACAGUAGUCAUUACAAUACUGUAAUACAACAUGUGGACCUUUUGGUGUGCUUACUGCCACAUCUUGUGUACAAAGAAAUGCUGUAAAUUUAUUGUCCUUUUGUUAAUUGUGAUAUGUGCUUACUAUCUCACAUUGAUUGUUAAAGACCAUUUGCCACUAGGUAAAUUAUUGAGUAUCCAGGAGAACUUUCUCGGUUGGAUUAA